AUGCAGGAGGAAGAGGAGGAGGAGGAGGGUGCGCCUUUUCUCAGCCAGGCAGCAGGGUGCGCGCUGCGUUUCAUUCAGAGAGAUGCUCCUUACUCAGCCGAACCCCAAGGUCAUAUAAGCUCCCAAACAAGGGUGCUCCAGUGGCCUGUGUAUUUACACAAACAUUCACAUACAGUUGGUUUUCUGAAGAGAGAAAAUCCACGAGUGGGAUACUACACCGUCGAUUGCAUGAAGUGGAAUUACACUGGACUGAGAUUUCUUUAUGAACGAUAUGGCACAAGAGUAUUUUAAAGGGUGGCAGGUUAAUGAAGCUGCUUUAGGGGAUCCGUAUUUGCCUAUAUUAUUCAUUUAUUUAUUGUUAUUUACUGUAACUCCUGUCAGGGUCUUUCUCUAAACAUUUAGACAGGCCUGCAUUGCACUACAUUAAGUAUUUAGUGUCAUGAUAUCAAUCAAUCGAUCAAAGUUUAUUUAUAUAGCACUGUUCAUACAAAUGAAAUUGCAGCUCAAAGUGCUCUACAUCAGGACCAGGAAAAUAAAAGCUAUUAAAAUAGAUUAAAACAGACAAUAAAAUAUAAACCUAAAUGUAAUAAUAAAAUAAGGUAAAAAGUGAUACUAAAAAAUAAAUAAAUUCUAAUAGUAAUCAAAAUAAUGAAGCUGUACAUAAAAGCUAAAUAGAUGGGUUUUUAGGUAACGUUUAAAGAUUUCUACAUUAGCAGCUUGUCUCAGACCCGCUGGAAGUUUGUUCCACAGUUUUGGAGCGUAGCAGCUUAAAGAAGCAUCACCAAAUCUUUUUGUUCUGCUCUGUGGAACGACUGAAAGAGAAGAUUGAGAGGAUCUGAGAGGCCGCCCUGGUUCAUAAAUAAAAACCAUCUUUGAAAUAUAUUCUGGUGCCAGGCCAUGUCGAGCUUUAUAAACUAGUAAAAGCAUUUUAAAAUCAAUGCGAAAACUAACAGGCAGCCAGUGCAAAGACUUUGAAAUGGGUGUAAUAUGAGCUCUUCCCCUGGUCCUGGUCAAAACUCUAGCAGCAGCGUUUUGGAUCAGUUGUAGCUGGUUUAUUGUGCUUUUGGGUAAACCAGAGAGAAGAGCAUUACAGUAGUCAAGCCUGCUGGUUAUAAAAGUGUUCAUUAGUCUCUCUGUAUGUAUGUUCUGGUAUUUAGUUUUCCCCUGAUUUUGGUCUUUUGAUUGUAUUUCCUUUGUGAUUUUUCCUUCUGUGCCCUAUUGUUCCUGUAUUUUCUCCCCCGUAGUCUUGUCUUGUGAGUUUUCAGUUUGUGUCUGACCCCAGUUCCCUUAUGUUCUCAGUUUUUAGUGUUUUCUAUUUUGUUUUGUAGUGGUUUAUUCCCUGUGUUUCUAAUCUUGUUUUACUUCCUCGGUUUUCCCUCCUUAGUGAUUGUCUGCACCUGUGUCUCAGUGUCUCACCUGCCUCUCGUUGCUCGUUUCCCUGUGUGUAUAUAUAGUCCUUGUCUUCCCCUCAGAGCUGGCCCAAGCCUCAAUGGGGCCCUAAGCAAAACUUGAUUUUGGGGCCCGCGAUUUCUGCCAAUAAUAUUAAUUGUUGAUCAUUUACACACCUAUUACAGUAUAAAUUUAAUGCACCUGACAUGUCUUUGCACAUUUAAGGAGGUGGCCUAGGUAACAACAUAAAUAAUACCAAUGCAACCAUUCAAAUGAUACCAGUGAAUGACUGAUGAAUGAUGUUCAGGGUUCCACAUAUGGUUUUUAAUCUCAAAAUGUAAGACAUUCAAGAUGCUCAGAGCACAUUGCACAGCAGGAGGCACAUAACGGUAGCGGAGCUUUGACAUAUCUGCAGUAAGAAUCACAGGCCUACAGCAGCAGCAGCAAAUGUUUUUAUUUUAUUUCUACAAUAAUAUAUAUUUGAUCAUACAGAAAGCAUCACUCAUACAUGCAAAAAAUAAAAACAUUACAUUUUUUUAUGAUUGCUCUUGGGGGCCCCCUACCGGCCACAGGGCCCUAAGCAGGCGCUUAGUUCGCUUAUGCCUUGGGCCAGCUCUGCUUCCCCUGUUUAUUUGUUUGUUCAUUCUGUCACAAAUCCGAGUAAAACAAAAAGGGGAAAGGACCUAAAUUGCAGAUCAAAAGGGGGAUUUGUUUUAAAGGAACUAAAAGAACAAAAAAAAACCCUUAGGUUUUAAAAAUGUCCAACUCAAAGAAUCCCAACCGACAAAGAAACAAGGGCAGACAAAGACUAUAUACACACAAGGAAACGAGCAACGGGAGGCAGGUGAGACACUAAGAAACAGGUGCAGACAAUUACUGAGGAGGGAAAACUGAGAAAGUAAAACGAGACUAGAAACACAGGGAAUAAACUACUAAAAAAUAAAACAGAAAAUACUGAUGUAAGGAAUAAAACACUUAGGACAUGAGGGAACUGGGUUCAGACACAAACUGAAAACUCACUAGACAGGACUACAGGGAAACAGGAACAACAGGGAACAGAAGGAAAAAACACAGAAAAUACACUCAAAAGACCAAAACAGGGGAAAACUUAAUACCAGAACAUAUAUCAUGACAUUUAGAGCCAUCGGAUUUUGUAAAAAACAAAACAAAAAAGCUAUUUCUUGAUUUAAAUGUGUGUUCCUAAAUGCAGAGUGCAACCACUAUGAAUUCUGUAGCCUCCAAUAUAAAUAGCUCGCACACACCAGCCUUUAGGCAGGCGUAAGAUUUAUAUGUGAUGUAGCCUACACUUAAAAUCUUAACAGCACCGUGUCAAGCAAAUUCUUGAUGUCCAAACAGCAGCAGCACUUUUGUCAUGCCAAACUCCUAACGUAAAUCAGAGGAUUGCUUUAACACCACUACAGAUAAAUGUAUUAUCACCAUUGAUUUCUGUCCAGUUUGACAUCUGUUUGAUCAGGUCAACAAAGUCCAUCCGGUGCACUCUGGGUCACUUGUGCCAUGUGGAUUAACCAUUAACACCUUUAAAAGCAGCCGAAUCGUAGGCGAAUGUGAAAAAGAAAUGCCUGUUGAGUAAUGGUUCAGUCGUGGAGGUGUCAGACUCUUUUACACUUGAAAAAUAGAAAAUGAGGGAAUAAAUCUGCGUACUCCGGUAUUUAUUUUUACUAACCUAGAUUGUGCAUAUUAUGUUAGAAUUCUCAAUUAAUCUAUGAUACACCUCGCAGCCAGAAUAAGCAGAUAACAGAGAAGUACUACACUUAAUUAUAUAUAUUUAUAGCAAGACACUAUUUCAUUUUCUGUCAAAGAUUGUAGACUGCAAACUGAGCAAAAAAAAAAGCCCAGACAUCUGUCUCCUGAGCCAAGUCUUCAGGAGCCCCGAGGCCCUCCCAGGACAGAUUGGAUAUGUAUUCCCACCAGCAUAUUCUGGGUCUGCCUUCAGGGCUUGUCCCAGUUGGACAAGCAAAGAAUAGGAAGAGAGUUCAAUCACUACCCUCAAGACAAAGAAGCAGCAGGAGGUCCAAAGAUAAGAGUGAUCCCAGGCACCCUAUGGAGGAAGCUAAUUUCUGCCUUGUAACCUCAGUCUUCUGCUUAAUGUCAUUACUCUGAGCUUAUAAUCACGGGCUUGAAACCAUCCAUAGCCAAAUUUACCCACACGGCAGUGGAUGAAAAAAAAAGAAGAGCUUUUAGGCACCACUUACACCCACUUCCUCCCACUCCAUGUGCUCUGUAAAUGUGUUCUGUGGGUUUUUAGAGCCAUUAAGUUCAGUGCGCAAAGUAGACACAUCACAUAAAAACUUCAAUUUUGACUUGAGUAAAAGUUUAAACAGGUAACACGAUUAAGUCUGAGAGAAUAUUUACCAAAUUUUCCAAAUUUUCCUCUAAAAUCUACUUUACCACACUAAACCAUGUUCCAUCCCUACAAUGGAUUACUGUGUAGCCUAUAGUUUUUCUUUUUUUUUUUUGGAUUCUUUUAAUGCAGAUGUUAUCUCUUAUUUAGCCUUUAUUUAACAGGUUUAUUCAAGAGAGAUUAAAAAUCGUCAAAACAGUUAGCAGCAAAAAACACAGAGUGACAAACACAUUGACAGAGGAAACCAAAGAACAACGAACAAGAAGUUAAGUUUCCAAUAAAAGUGAAAAUAUCUUCUAAUAAAAGAGAAAAUGUCUAAGAUGAAAUGUUGAUUUGGGUCCCACAGUUACUUACAAAUAAACAUGCAGUAGUUUCAGUUUACCUCACAGUUUUAUGCUCCAGUGGACACUAAUAUUACUGCAGUUUGUCAGCAGGGGGCAGCAUAAAUAUGUCCAAGAGACAGAGUUAGUCCACCAUACCAUUGGUCUGAGCCCUAUCCCAGUGGUUUCACUCACACAUCAAACACUCCAAAUGACCUCUUAUCUUUAAAAUUAAGUGUUUACAUUAGUUUAAACAACUCAAUGAUUAAACAAUGAUCAAUGACAAUGAUCAACUUUGGGGUUUUUUUUAAACAGGGGGACAAAGUGCUUUACAGAUGUAGUUACUGCUCUAAAAUAUUGAUAUGGUAGGAGUAUAUAUAGACUAUUUUUAGUAGCCUUCUAAAGAAAAUCGACUGAAUUUAAUUGAAGUAAAGGCUUCAGUGGAAAUUAUAAUGAAACACAAAGUUUCCAGUUUUUGUUGGGUUACCUAUGAGACAAAGGCCUACUUAGCUAUAGUUUUCAAAACGUUGUCGUUUUGUACCGGAAUAAGGAAGGUUUUUAAAUUAAAAUGCUUUUAUACUCUUAAACUAGUUGACGCAAAAUAACCUCCACUUUACUUCAAGAGAUAUUUAUAUUCUAUUGAGAUUAAAGUAAAUUAAAGAUAAUAUUAAACUUUUAGAUAUAACCUACCAGUGUAAGGGUUUUUCUAAAGUAAACAGCAUUUUAAAUCUCCAUGGUAACCUGUAACGAUGCAAAAACUUUAUAUCAUUACAAGCAAAAGAGAGCGGUCAUUUCUGAAGAUCAAAUCUGAAGAGAACAGCACGAAAAACUUAAGCGGCUCACGAACUUACAACUUUUGACGGCUUCAUUGUAAAUAAAACCUCACCAGACGACUAAGGACUCCGACAAACACCUCUAACCAACACCUGAACAGAGAGGACAACAUCUACGACAUGGAGACGGUAAGAUUUCAUGACAAUAUUAUCAUACAAACUUGUGUUACUGUCGAGACUUUCGUGAUGGUUAAGCGAUGCAUCGACAAGGAUUAAAUGUGUGCAUAGAUAUUUACAGUGAUUAUGACUUUAAUGUGACAGCCAUUAUCAAAACUAGAAAAAUUGCAUUUUCUUGCAGAAAAUGUGUGGAAAUGCUGAGUGCUGAAAGCUGAAAAAGCAAUGCUAAACUGCUUUUUUUUAAAAAUGGAGGAAGGUUUAAAUGUAAACUUGGUUAAAGACCUGGAGAAAGAAAAGUAAAAGUUAGAUGAAAGUGAAAAUUGCUGAAGUACAAAUAGUAUGAAUGUGCUUCAUAAAUUAAAAUUGCAUUCAUGCUGAAUAAGGCUAGAAAAACUGUCUGAAAUUGCAAAAAAAAUUGUAUAAGGAAGAAAAUUACCUUAAAACACAGAAAAGUAAGAAGAGGCAUAAAUUUAAGUUGAAGUACUAGAAGAAGCAUGAUAAUAGGUAGUUGUAGUAGUGAUAUUAGUAGUCAUGUAAGCAGUAGAAGUAGUUUUAGAAUAGAAGAAGUAGAAGUCAAAGCAGUAGAGCUUGUGGUAGAAGUAAGAGUAGAAGUAAAAAAAAUAUUAAGAGAAGCAAGAGCAGUGGAGGUAGAAGUGAAGAUACAAGUUAAAGUGAUAUAAGUAGUAAUUGUAGUGGUAGAACUGGAAUUUUGUUUGAAGAAUUAAAACAUACAUAAAUAAUGAGAAUGAUUUUGAAGUGGGAAAAUUUUUCAAUAAUUAGAAGUCCUGAAGUGUUAAACAGGUUUGAAGUAUCAGAAAGGUUUGAAUCAGUUUGAAUGAGUUUGAAUUUGUCUGACGAAUUUAAUAAUGCAUGAAUAAUGAGAAUAAUUUUAAAGUGGGGAAAAGUUUAAUAAAAAAAAUCCUGAGUACACCCCAUAAUGAGCUGAAUUUUUGAAGCCCAGAAUGGUUUCUGUAGCUCAAAGUUUGUGGGUGGAGAUAGGUGGUGAUGCAGAAUGUGUGUACAUGCAGGUCUUUUAGACACAGACACACACACACACACAUUGUCAGACUGUGUGUGUGUGUGUGUGUGUGUGUGUGUGUGUGUGUGUGUGUGUGUGUGUGUGUGUGUGUGUGUGUGUGUCGUUAAUGAUUGCAUCCUAAACAGCUGUGAGAUCAAAGGCAUUAACUGACCUACUGUUUGAAUGAGAAGCUGUCUCUGGACUUCUUCAUAGCAUGAUUUCCUUAAAUCCCAGAAUGAAAAUAAGAAAAUCGUAUGAAUCCUCCCCCCUUCAUGAACACAAUGAUCUGUUUUUCAUGUCUGUACUCUAAAAAAUGUGGCCACAACAGCGAGUUAAAAGUCUAGACAUUCGGAUGGUUAUCUUAAAAGUGAUGCAUUGACAUCACAUGAAAGUCCUCCCCACCAUGUCAAAGACUCUUCGUGGUUAAGAGCAGAAAAGCUCAUGUUAUUGUGAGAAAUCUCUACAAGAGAUUUUUUUAUGUCUUCUGGGCUAUUUAAAGCCGUCAGUCUGAAACUUAUUUGACAGUUUCUUUUAUACUAACCAAUGCUUUCUUAUUUCUUCUUUAAAUCUGCACAGAAGAGUCAACCCAUUCCUGUAAAAGGAGAAGCUGCGUGCUCGGGCUUCAACAGGAGGUAAGAAACACGUUUAACUUAUGAUGACAGUAAAAUGCAAACUCAAAUUUAUAGGGGUGUGAUAUUAAACAGUAGUUUACCAAUGUGUCUCUAAAACAGUCUUUUACCUCUUUUGCAUUUAAUAUGCAGAGUGUAACAUUUGAAACAUGACAGAGACCUCCCAGCAGAUUAUAAUCUGAGACAGUUCAGAGUUAAAUCUGUGACAGUGCCAGCAAAAAUCUAAAGAUUCGCAAAUUUAGGAUUUGAUUUUGGACUUACACUGUGUUUCAUACUCUUUUUGUCACAACACACAUGUAUUUAUGUUAUACAUUUCAGUGGUUAUUUUAACUGAAUAAGACAAUUCAAAGGCUUCACAUAAGACAUUUACUGAUCAAUUAAUCAGUCAGACAAAGGAAAUGUGUAAAAACACUAAAUGAAAUAAAGGAGUUUUAUCAUCGUUUGCUCUUACUGAGAGUCUCUAGUCAAAAACUAGUAAAGUCAGGUAUGAUAGAUAAGAUACUCCUUAAUUAGUCCCACAAGGGGAAAUUCCCAGUAAGGGAAACAAAGACCAUUUUAAUUUACUGUGUUUGAAAUUGAAGGAAAAACAUGUUUUGUAUGAGGCCUUUCCCGGAUAAUAUGCAUUAAAAAAGCUUUGUUUUAAAAACGCUGUGUCAACUUAAAGAGAUUCAGCACUUUUUUUUUAAUGAAUAAGUGUGAACAAAGAUGGGGUUCAUUUAUCAAUAACAACAACACAAAAACAGGGAAUAACCUUCAGGUAUUUUAAAUCAUUGUGAGUGUGCUGUAUUAUUUUUGAUACAUAAAGACACUUUUUCAGUUUGACUCUGAUACUUCCUCAAAGACCAUCCAGUGCGUGUUUAUUGUAUUUUAUCGUCUGAAUAUCACCAUAGUUUGAGUCUGUGUGACUGUCAUGUGUCUCUGCAGAUAUUUCUUUUCAUGGAUUUAUUUUGUUCAUUAAAAUAACCAACCUGUGUUUCUGUGUUGACCAGUGACACUGCGUCAGAGGCUUCUAACGCAGAAAACUGCGGCCCAACGAGCUUUUGGCUGCACAGGCUGUUUGGUCAACCUCUGGUAUGUUUCAGAGCUGUUAAAAUAAGAUCAUUUUAUAAGUGUGACAUUUAAAAUCAGACACUAAAAACAUUUGACACAGUGGGUUUUCAUUUUUAUAUUUGUUGUUACUCCACAGAGAAAAGUCAGAAGUCUAAUCAGCCUUCAGCGGAGGUGAGUAAACUGCUCCAACAAUCAGCUGUUUAUUUGUGCAGCCACAAAAGCUUCUGAUAAAUGUUGACUAGUCACUGCAGACUCCUUUAAAAACAUCACUACAGGUUGUUAAAACAAAUGUCACCACACUGUAAUGGGUGUGUGCUUGUGUCUGCAGAGAUAUCACCUCCAAUGGUCUGGCUGGCUCCACAGCACCCCCACCUGGGGAGAAAAACAAGAACCCAAAGGAGAAGAAAUGGGGUUGUUCUUGGUUUUUUAAGUGCUGUAGUGUAAGUGAAGCAUAGGAAUACCAGUCUGGACUUCAGUGUUGUUAUAAGCAUUAGUUUUGGUUUAUCUUUCAGUUGAUUCUGUUACUGACAAAUCAAAAUUAUUUUUACUCCAUUAGAGAGAAAAGCGUGUGUCUCCUCUCUCUGAUCAUAAAGAUCAGCAAAAGCCUCCUCGGGAUCUCCAGUGAAGGUAACAAACUCAUUUUGUUCACAGGAUGGAUCAAUUUUGGUGUCACCUGAUGAGUUAAAUCAUCACGUGACACAAAUCAGGUGUUAUCAAUUCUUUCUUAAAGCUCCCGUGAGGAAUUUUUGGUUUGUGUUGCUUCUUAUGCUUCUUUCAUAACCUCUCUUUCAAAUUGUGUUAAGUCUUGUUUUCAAACAAAAAAUCUCCCUGCUCAAUUUUAAAAGUCAUUGGUCAUCUUCACCUGAGAUAUUUUUGAAAAAGCCUUUUUAAAAAGCUUCAAUUUAGCUAAAUCAUCUGACACCUACAUCCCUGACAACAGUUUCUUACCUCACAAAUAACUUUGUAGAGAUGAACAAACCCUUCAAAGGUGGUCUGAUUUGCUUUUUAAGGCCACACAGAGGCAUCCCUAUCAAUAUCAGUCAGUUAUAAUCGGCUGAAAAUUCCCCACAGUAGCUUUAACAUGAAGUCACUUGUACAUGAAAAUCAGUAUAUCUGCUAAAUAUGUCCUGACACAUUAUUUUUUUCUCCUUGAAACACACUCACAGUCUGUUCCUGUCUAUGAAUCAUUUAUUUAUAUUUUAAGAAGCGCUGUAAUGCUGUAGAAUAGCCAACUUGAUUUUUUUACUUUAAAUUUAAAUGAAAAGAGCAGUUUAAUACACACUUUCUGUACCAGAUUUAAUGUAGAGGUUUAUAUCUCAAUAAAGAAAGUUAUGGUUUGAGUUAGCUUGAGGUUUGGUUCAGAAAAGAUCGUGGCUUGGAUUAAAAUUCAACUGUGAUCUUUACAUGCUCUCAAACAGCUUCAACAACAGAACGUGUUGUUGAAGCUACGAGUCAAACUUUUGACGUAAACUAAAAACUGAAAUACAAGAAAGAAAAGGAAUAAUGCAUCAAAAUUAAUAUUGCUAUUCAAAAUUGACCCAAAGCUUUUUUUGGUCCUCAGGAUAUGAGAAAUAUUAAGCUUUUGUCUUUUUUUUUAAAUGAAAUAUCUGGUUUAUUGUGUUAAUGAACUAGCAUUUAAUGAUUAAUUAUUAAUAAUAGGUAUUAAUAUACAGGACUGAAACUGAGGAAAAGAUAAAAAUAAUAAAUAAUAAAAACUUGUGAAAUAUGUCAAUGUCAGAUAAUUCAAAUGAAGUAUUGUAAUUAAAUGGGUUUUCAAAUCUGACAUAUUAAAAAAAAUCAACAUACCCCAAAUCAUUUUAACUGGUGAUCACAAAAAUGUCCCAAUCUGAGUUUGAUUGUUUUUUUUAAUGUUAGCUCAUGUAAAAUGUUGGAUAACAAUACAUUUUUUUCAAUGCAUUGUGUAUGUAGACUGGCAUAGGGUUACAAUUCUGGAAAUUAUUUAUCAUUUGAUAUUUAUAUAUUUAUAAACAGAGUUGAAGCUGGUGAAAUAAAUAUGAUUCAUUAUAAGUUGAAAACAAUAUUUAUGUAUAAUUUUAUGUCAGUUUUUGGCUUUGAACUUAUUUUUUGCCCUGUACUGUAAAAAGAGAUUUUUUUUUAAGUCUAAAAAUGAUUCAACAUUUAAUAUAAAUGAACAGUAAAUCUGCUUACAAGAUUCGACCCAUUAAAAGAAGAGAUAAUAUCCAUGUUAAACUAUUUCAUGACAGAUUUUUUGCCAAGGAUGAGUUAAUUUCAGGAUGUCAGGAACUUUUUGUUGCUGAGACAUGAGGCUUCAGUUUAUCCGCAAAUCUUUAAAUCAAACUAAAACAAGCUCCUCUCUGUUCCUCUGCCCUCUGCAGUUAUUUCAUGGACAUUGUUCAUCUCCAUGACGUGGGUGACACUCACCACAAACUUAGGGCUCUGGGUAAAUUUAAGUGGCUUCUCUCUAUCCAGGCCCCAGAGUUUGUGGACCACGAUCAGAAAGUAAGUCAGCUCGUUUUCUUUAAAGUUUCACUAACUGCUCCUUGUCUGCUUAUCCAAUCAAACCUGUGUCUCUGUUUGCUCAGGAUGCCCAUGAGUUUCUGACUGCAGUUCUGGGUCAGAUGAGGGACCUGGCUGCGCCACUGAGGCAAGUUGCCUCUAUCCUUGGGAGGUCCUACAGAUGUCCUGUGGAAAGGAACCUGGUGUUCAGGAUGCAGAAUUGCAGAAAAUGCAAGAGGUAAAAACAUACAGAUGGUUGCAGGACAUAUUUACCUCCAGUUUGACUAAUGUGUUUAAUUUUUUGCUCAUUUUUAUCAAGUCAGGUCAAAUCUACAGUAAUCUUUUCUUUUAUCUUUACAUUUUCUUUUCACAACAUGUAUAACUACAGUAUAUAAUCAUAUGUAUUGUCCUUUUAACGUGCAGAUGUGGCUCUGCCUCAGUGAGAGAGGAGGAAUUCCUGAAUCCCUCUCUGGACCUGAUUCCUGGGGGUUCGGUACAGCAGAUGCUGCAGGAAUAUGAGAAGGUAUAGACGCUGGACCUCUUUAAUCAACAUCCACAUUGUCUGAUAGGAAGCCACUCAAAUGUUUCACUCUGCGGUUAUUUUUGGUUGUUGAUUUUCCAUGUUUAAUGUACACAGUAUCUGACAGCAUGUUUUCUCUGCAGGAGACAGACUUGGAGUUCAACUGCGAGUGUGGAGGCACAACAUCAGCACAGUGCUCCACCUUCACAACCCUGCCAAAGUGGGUGACGUUACAUCUAUCCCAGACUCACUGUUUCCCCCUGUUGCAGACACAUGCACAGAUUAUUUUCUGUUAAUUUAUCUUCAGUAUUUUCAUGCUCAGAAAUUCCCUCAGUUUAAUAAUCCUGUGGUCAUUCCCUCUCUGCUGCUCUCCACAGUUUCUUGGUGCUCCAAAUUAAGAGGUUCCACUUCUCUGAGUCCUAUGAGCUUGUGAAAUGUUACGACCCCGUGGACCUCACCAGGGAACUUAUUGUGACAUCUAGCCAGGUAAGACAUUUAUGCGCCAGAGUGUAAGAGCAGUUUUAUCCUCAAAUAAAUGCAGUACGCCUCUGUGUUGAAGAACUCUACAUUUCUGUCAAACAUUAAUCUCAAAUAUACCUCAAGGUAGGUUAAAAAAAAACAUGUUGAAAAUAACUUUGACUGCAUUAAUCAGGUAAAAAGUUGAGAUUUUAUGGCGUUUCCAGGUUAAAAUUGUGUAAUUUCCUGUGGUUUUAGACAACAUCAAAGCAGAGCAGUGGAUUAGCUCUGGUGUUAGCCACACGAGUGUACCCGAAUGUAAUGGCGUUUACUAUGGCUAUGUGCUAUUCGAGACUCAAAUGUUUCGGUCGCCAUAUCUACUAUUUUCAAAACAUGGAUUAAACAAUGAUCAAUGACAAUGAUCAACUUUGGGGUUUUUUUUUUAAACAGGGGGACAAAGUGCUUUACAGAUGUAGUUACUGCUCUAAAAUAUUGAUAUGGUAGGAGUAUAUAGAGACUAUUUUUAGUAGCCUUCUAAAGAAAAUCGACUGAAUUUAAUUGAAGUAAAGGCUUCAGUGGAAAUUAUAAUGAAACACAAAGUUUCCAGUUUUUGUUGGGUUACCUAUGAGACAAAGGCCUACUUAGCUAUAGUUUUCAAAACGUUGUCGUUUUGUACCGGAAUAAGGAAGGUUUUUAAAUUAAAAUGUUUUUAAACUCUUAAACUAGUUGACGCAAAAUAACCUCCACUUUACUUCAAGAGAUAUUUAUAUUCUAUUGAGAUUAAAGUAAAUUAAAGAUAAUAUUAAACUUUUAGAUAUAACCUACCAGUGUAAGGGUUUUUCUAAAGUAAACAGCAUUUUAAAUCUCCAUGGUAACCUGUAACGAUGCAAAAACUUUAAAUCAUUACAAGCAAAAGAGAGCGGUCAUUUCUGAAGAUCAAAUCUGAAGAGAACAGCACGAAAAACUUAAGCGGCUCACGAACUUACAACUUUUGACGGCUUCAUCGUAAAUAAAACCUCACCAGACGACUAAGGACUCCGACAAACACCUCUAACCAACACCUGAACAGAGAGGACAACAUCUACGACAUGGAGACGGUAAGAUUUCAUGACAAUAUUAUCAUACAAACUUGUGUUACUGUCGAGACUUUCGUGAUGGUUAAGCAAUGCAUCGACAAGGAUUAAAUGUGUGCAUAGAUAUUUACAGUGUUUAUGACUUUAAUGUGACAGCCAUUAUCAAAACUAGAAAAAAAUGCAUUUCCUUGCAGAAAAUGUGUGGAAAUGCUGAGUGCUGGAAGCUGAAAAAGCAAUGCUAAACUGCUAAAAAAAAAAAUGGAGGAAGGUUUAAAUGUAAACUUGGUUAAAGACCUGGAGAAAGAAAAGUAGAAGUUAGAUGAAAGUGAAAAUUGCUGAAGUACAAAUAGUAUGAAUGUGCUUCAUAAAUUAAAAUUGCAAUCAUGCUGAAUAAGGCUAGAAAAACUGUCUGAAAUUGCAAAAAAAAUUGUAUAAGGAAGAAAAUUACCUUAAAACACAGAAAAGUAAGAAGAGGCAUAAGUUUAAGUUGUAGUACUAGAAGUAGUAUGAUAAUAGGUAGUUGUAGUAGUGAUAUUAGUAGUCAUGUAAGCAGUAGAAGUAGUUUUAGAAUAGAAGAAGUAGAAGUCAAAGCAGUAGAGCUUGUGGUAGAAGUAAGAGUAGAAGUAAAAAAAAUCUUAAGAGAAGCAAGAGCAGUGGAGGUAGAAGUGAAGAUACAAGUUAAAGUGAUAUAAGUAGUAAUUGUAGUGGUAGAACUGGAAUUUUGUUUGAAGAAUUAAAACAUACAUAAAUAAUGAGAAUGAUUUUGAAGUGGGAAAAUGUUUAAAUAAUUGGAAGUCCUAAAGUGUUAAACAGGUUUGAAGUAUCAGAAAGGUUUGAAUCAGUUUGAAUGAGUUUGGAUUUGUCUGACGAAUUUAAUAAUGCAUGAAUAAUGAGAAUAAUUUUAAAGUGGGGAAAAGUUUAAUUAAAAAAAAUCCUGAGUACACCCCAUAAUGUCCUCAAUGAGCUGAAUUUUUGAAGCCCAGAAUGGUUUCUGUAGCUCAAAGUUUGUGGGUGGAGAUAGGUGGUGAUGCAGACACAUAUUAACUGUGUGUACAUGCAGGUCUUUUGGACACAGACACACACACACACACACACAUUGUCAGACUGUGUGUGUGUGUGUGUGUGUGUGUGUCUCGUUAAUGAUUGCAUCCUAAACAGCUGUGAGAUCAAAGGCAUUAACUGACCUACUGUUUGAAUGAGAAGCUGUCUCUGGACUUCUUCAUAGCAUGAUUUCCUUGAAUCCUAGAAUGAAAAUAAGAAAAUCGUAUGAAUCCUCCCCCCUUCAUGAACACAAUGAUCUGUUUUUCAUGUCUGUACUCCAAAAAAUGUGGCCACAACAGCGAAUUAAAAGUCUAGACAUUCGGAUGGUUAUCUUAAAAGUGAUGCAUUGACAUCACAUGAAAGUCCUCCCCACCAUGUCAAAGACUCUUCGUGGUUAAGAGCAGAAAAGCUCAUGUUAUUGUGAGAAAUCUCUACAAGAGAUUUUUUUUAUGUCUUCUGGGCUAUUUAAAGCCGUCAGUCUGAAACUUAUUUGACAGUUUCUUUUAUACUAACCAAUGCUUUCUUAUUUCUUCUUUAAAUCUGCACAGAAGAGUCAACCCAUUCCUGUAAAAGGAGAAGCUGCGUGCUCGGGCUUCAACAGGAGGUAAGAAACACGUUUAACUUAUGAUGACAGUAAAAUGCAAACUCAAAUUUAUAGGGGUGUGAUAUUAAACAGUAGUUUACCAAUGUGUCUCUAAAACAAUCUUUUACCUCUUUUGCAUUUAAUAUGCAGAGUGUAACAUUUGAAACAUGACAGAGACCUCCCAGCAGAUUAUAAUCUGAGACAGUUCAGAGUUAAAUCUGUGACAGUGCCAGCAAAAAUCUAAAGAUUCGCAAAUUUAGGAUUUGAUUUUGGACUUACACUGUGUUUCAUACUGUUUUUGUCACAAGACACACGUAUUUAUGUUGUACAUUUCAGUGGUUAUUUUAAUAUCUUUCUCCAUGUUUUAUUAGCAGCUUAGCAUUGCUUUUUCAGCAUUCAGCACUCAGCAUUUCCAUGCAUUUUCUGCAAGGAAAUGCAAUUUUUCUAGUUCCACUUAGACUUCCAGAUUUGUUCACUGAAAAUACAGUAGCCCUUACAAUGGCUUCAAGUCUAGUUAAGGUACACUAUUAUUACAAUACAAUACAAUACAAUACAAUACAAUACAAUACAAUGUAAAUGUCAGUGAGCUUUUUAAUAGGGUGUUGGAUGCUAAAUCUGAUAGUCUAGGAAAGGUUUUAAUGUAAGAAUGUUGUUAGGAGUUUCGAUAAACAGAUUUAACAAUAUUGGAUUUUCACUUACACUAUCAAAAUUUCUGCCAUGUGAGGAGUUUCGAUAAAAGCAAUGCCAAGUGUAAUGUGGGAGUGUUGUAUUGAUAUUGGAUUUUCACUUGGACUUCACUUUGUUGGCAUUGGUGUGUAAAGUACACCCCUUUACGGUGGGGACAUAAGGAAGCGAAAUCUGCAAAGUGAAGCGGGGCGAAACUCAGUGUUCUGAAGGUGAAUAUCUGCCAGUCUACCACUCUCUUCGAAGUAACUAUAGGUUAUAAUGACACGUGAAUCUGCUGUGUAUUGUGACUGGACCACCGUACAGCCCACCCCUGAGUCUAGCUCGGUUAUUGGACACUCACUUCACAGUAUGGUCGCGACGCACGAUAAAUUUGCAUGGAGUUAGAGAUUUUUGAAUUUUGGAUGUGUCGCAAUGACAGUUUUGAUGCACUCCAAGGACCAUGUCAUAUUGUGUACACACAAUACUGUGCGGGAGCGAAAUCACUUCUCAUAGAAAAUAGGUCCAGCUUCUACUAGCUGUCUACUGGGGCCAGUGUUAGGCCAGGAUAUGCUUACCGUGUGCACAUUUCAUGCCUGAAUGCGUUGCCAUUCAUAUUUUAUGUCCAUGUUACGUAAUAGCACACCUGAACACAAGGUAUGCAGACAUGUGCGCAUGUUGCAAUAUUGACACAACCACGAGGGGCGAUCUUCCGAACUUCCAUGUUUAGCUUGUGGUUGAGUCAAACAAUGGUGGAAAAUAUUAAUGAGAGCCCGGUUGGCUAUCUGCCCCCUACAUGAAACCGCCAGUAUCCAAUGGUGCCAAUUUAGCGACUUUGUCGCUAGAUUUAGUGACUUUUAGCCGUCUCUGGCGACUAAAACCUCAUCUAGCGACUUAGCAGCUUUCUAGGUGAAUCUGGCGACUUUAAAAAAUCACAUCUCUCAAGUGUCAAAAUCAUUGUUUUUCCAUGUAACUUCAGCUCUGCACCGCCACCAGAAGCCUAUUUCAUGGUUAAGCAGCACUGCACAUUAGCCCCGAUCUCGAAACUGUACCCUUUGGAAUUGUCAACAUAGCCAUGUAGACACAUUUUCUCGAGCUCAGUGAGUCGUGUCUGAUGUUAUGACAUCUUAGUAACGUCAUGACGUAAUCUAGUGACUUUUCAGAGAACCAAUAGGGACUUUUGGUGAUUUGUUUUUGGCAACACUACCAGUAUCGUGCGUAGUGCUCUCAUCGUUCUGCUGCAAGUAUUUGCGGUUGCACACGUAAAUUAAGUCACACAGCUAGCAUAUGCUGGGCCUUAGGGCUCACUGAAAGGACUUUCUUUUAAAACCCUUGGUAAAUCAGAGGCCCUUUAAGAACAUUUGUAAUCAGAGGGCUCUCUUAACAGUAUGCUCUCCCAUCAGGGCUCUCCCUAGGGCCCCCACAUAGCCAGAAGUCACAACCCUUAGCAGGGGCUUUCAUAAUCAUAGGGCCCUCUGAAAGCAUUCCCCCCUACUUCCUUGAACCCCUAGUUGGUAAAUAUUAGGGCUCCCUUAGGAGUAUUCACGAGAGGCACUACAGCAAGGCCAGCCCAGGGGCCCUCUCACUGCCGUCCCCCAUAGCCAAAGGGUUAGAUUGCCAUCCCCUGUGGCCCAGGGGCCCUCUGAUUGCCGUCCCUGUCCCCCCCGCCCAAUUCAUAUCACCCUUCUCUCUCGGUUCUCUUCAGAAAUGCCCUAUAACAGUGUGAGUAGUCAUAAGAUCCUAGAGAAUAGAGGCCCUCUGACAUCGCAAUUGGCAUCAGCAUGUACAUUGCUGAAAUACACUCAAUCUCAUAUUAAUGUCUUUGAUUGAUACACAGAAUUAAACAGAACCAUCAGUGACAACAUUUGUAAGUUUUAGACCCUUGUUUUUAUUGUCUAAAAUUGGUGCGGGGUUGGGGGGCAAGCCCUGCAUUUUACCAUUUCCACAAAAAAAAAUCCCAAUAAGUACUACAUUUCACUGUCAAAAGUCAACAGGAUGAAAUGUGUUGAGGCAUGUCGUGGACACGAUAAUUGAAAACUGCUUUGUCAAAAUGGGGGCACCAAAAUUGACCCAAACUUAAAGAGAACUAUUUUUUAAUUUUGGGUCAACAAUGGACAAAAGUAGACAGGUAAGAUGGUGUCUGUAAAGUUCAGUUUAACAGCUGGUUUGUAAUACUAAGUUUUCUUAUUUAACUCAUCAACACAUAUCAAUUCAUGAAGCAUCUAUUACAAAAACAACUCAAAUCAAUGUGGGUUAACAGCAGGUUUGAAAAAUACAUGAUUGUUAUAGGGUGUGCUUUUGUUUAUAUUUAAAUGUGAAAAAUUCAAAUGUAAACAAACAACAGGAUAAUAUGACAUCAAUGGAGCAAUUCCGUGAUGGCAUCAUUAUGACAUCAUCACAGCUCACAUCUCGUGUUACUAACUGGAAGUAGAGCAGCUGUCCAGGGUAUCGUUUGAAACUCUGAGACUACAGUCAAAAACAAUGCAGCGACCAACAAACUGACCCAGGAUUAACAGGACCUUCUACUUGAGGGUAUCAUUUGAAACUUUCAGCGAGUGGCUACACUUCAAGAAAGAGACAAUCAGAAUCUUUUAGCAGCGGAACUCUGAGACUACAAACAGUCAAAGACAAUGCAGCGAACAACAAACCGACCCAGGAUUAACAGGACCUUCUACUUGAGGGACAGAGAGAUGGAGACACUCCGCAGGACUGUGAGUCAAACAUUCAGGACUGUGAAAAAACUAAAAAAGGAAACCUAAAGCAGGCAGAAAACUGAAAAAAAAAAAAAAACUAAAGAAAACUUUUAAUCAUAUAUCUGAAAAAAAAAAGCUAAAAAAAACAGUUAAAAAAGAAAAAAAAAAACUUAAAGCAGGAAGAAAUCUGAAAAAAAAUCUAUAGAAAACUUAAUUAGAAAACCCUUAAAAAAGGAAAAAAAACUGAAAAAAAAGAAAACUAAAAAGAAAGAAAAUUAAUAGUAUUUAUAAAAAAAUCUUGAAAAAGUUUAAAAAAAAACUCAAAACAGGCAGGAACUUUAAAAAACUAAAGAAAACUAAGAAAAAGAAAAAGAAAAAGAAAAGUAUUUCUAAAAAAAAAACCCAAAAAAACACCCUAAACCUGGUGUUAAGCACAAAUAUAUAUAUAAUGAUUAUGUUUUUUUUUUUUUUUUGUGGGGGGUAUGUAUAUCUAUCUAUCUAUAUAUAUAUAUGUAUAUAUAUAUAUAUAUAUAUAUAUAUAUAUAACCCUUAAAAAAAAGGAUAGUAUAAACAAAAUAAAAAAAAACAGAAGGAAAAGUAUUUCUGAAAAAAACACCCAAAAAGAACUGAAAAAAACUAAAAAAAAAAAACUUAAAACAGGCAGACAAAAAACUAAAGAAAACUAAAAAAAGAGAAAGGAUAGUAUAAACAAAAAAAAAAACACAAGGAAAAGUAUUUCACAAAAGAACAACCUAUAUAUAUAUAUAUAUAUAUAUAUAUAUAUAUAUAUAUAUAAAUAACAAAAAAGACUAAAAAAAAACUUAAAACAGGCAGAAAGAAAACUAAAGAAAACUAAAAAAGAGAAAGGAUAGAAUAAAUAAAAUAAUAAAAAAAGGAAAAGUAUUUCAGAAAAGAACACCCUAAAUAUAUAUAAAUAACAAAAAACAAAAAAAGCUAAAAAACAAACUUAAAACAGGCAGAAUAAAACUAAAAAAAAAUUUAAAAAAAGAGAAAGGAUAGUAUAAACAAAAAAAAACAGAAGGAAAAGUAUUUCAGAAAAGAACAACCUAUAUAUAUAUAUAUAUAUAAAUAACAAAAAACUAAAAAAAAAAAAAACUAAAAAAAGACUUAAAACAGGCAGAAAAAACUAAAGUAAAAAAAAAACUUAAAACAGAAAGGAACAAAACUAAAGAAAACUAAAAAAAGAGAGAGGAUAGUAUAAACAAAAUAAAAAAACAGAAGGAAGAGUAUUUCAGAAAAGAACACCUUAAAUAUAUAUAAAUAACAAAAAAGCUAAAAAAAGAAAAGCUAAAAAAACAAACUUAAAACAGGCAGAUUAAACCAAAGAAAACUAAAAAAAAGAGAAAGGAUAGUAUAAACAAAAUAAAAAACAGAAGGAAAAAUAUUUCAGAAAAGAACAACCUAUAUAUAUGUAUAUAACAAAAAACUAAAAAAAAACUAAAAAAAUUAAAACAGGCAGAAAGACAACUAAAGAAAACUAAAAAAGAGAAAGGAUAGUAUAAACAAAAUAAAAAAACAGAAGGAAAAGUAUUUCAGAAAAGAACACCUUUAAUAUAUAUAAACAACAAAAAGAAAUAAAAAAAACCCAAAAAAAACAGACAAGAGUAGCUCAUCCAGACAGACAAACUUAAAACAGGCAGAAUAAAACUAAAGAAAACUAAAAAAAGAGAAAGGAUAGUAUAAACAAAAUAAAAAAACAGAAGGAAAAAUAUUUCAGAAAAGAACAACCUAUAUAUAUGUAUAUAACAAAAAACUAAAAAAACUAAAAAAAUUAAAACAGGCAGAAAGACAACUAAAGAAAACUUAAAAAACUUUAAACAGGCAGAAAAGAACUAAAGAAAACUAAAAAAACAAGAAAAAGAAUAGUUUUUUUAAUUAAAACAGGCAGAAAAAACUAAAGUAAACUAAAAAAUGAUAAAGGAUAAUAUAAAAAAAAAUUUAAAAAAGAAAGAAAAGUAUUUCUGAAAAAAACAUCCUAAAUAUAUAUAACAAAAAGAACUAAAAAUGUUAAAAGAAAUUAAAACAGGCAGACAAAAAACUAAAGAAAACUAAAAAAAGAGAAAGGAUAGUAUAAACAAAAUAAAAAAACAGAAGGAAAAGUAUUUCAGGAAAAAACACCCUAAAUAUAUAUAAAUAACAAAAAAAAUUUUUAAAAAAAACUUAAAACAGGCAGAAAAAAAAACUAAAGAAAACUAAAAAAAGUAAAAGAAUAGUAUUUGUAAAAAAAAAAAAAAAGAAACAUAACAGUAUUUCUGAAAAAAAAAACUUAAAACAGGCAGAAAAAUAAAAAAGAACUAUAGGUAACUAAAGAAAAGAAAAGUAUUUCUGAAAAAAAACCACCCUAAACCGGGUGUUUUGCACAGAAAAAAAAACCCUUGCGGUUUUUCCCUCUCGUGUGAGGGUUUUUUCCCCUCCUUGAGCUACCACCUUACCGUGGUGGAGGGGUUUGUGUGUCCCAAUGAUCCCAGGAGCUAUGUUGUCAGGGCUUUAUGCCUCUGAAAGGUCACCCAAGGCAAACAGGUCCUGGGGGAGGGACCAGACUAAGAGUAGCUCAUCCAGACAGAGGUGCCAGGGAAAAAAAAAAGGAAAAAAAAAACUGAAGAAAAGAAACUAAAGAAAACAAAAUAAAAAUUUAAACAGGCAGAAAAAAACUAAAGAAAACUGAUAAAAAGAAGAAGAUAAGUAUUUCAAAAAAAAAACUAUAGAAAAAACUACAAAAGAAAACUACAAAAAAAACUUAGAACAGGCAGAAAAAAACUAAAGAAAACUGAAAAAGAGAAAGGAUAGUAUAAAUAAAAUAAAAAACACAAGGAAAAGUAUUUCACAAAAGAACAACCUAUAUAUAUAGAUAAAUAAAAAAACUAAAAAAACUAAAAAAAGAGAAAAGAUAGUAUAAACAAAAUAAAAAAACAGAAGGAAAAGUAUUUCAGAAAAAAACACCCUAGAUAUAUAGAAAAAACUAAAAACCAAAAAAAGAGAAAGGAUAGUAUAAACAAAAUAAAAAAACAGAAAGAAAAGUAUUUCAGAAAAAAACACCCUAAAUAUAUAGAAAAAACUAAAGUAAAAAAAAACUUAAAACAGGCAGAAAGAAAACUAAAGAAAACUAAAAAAAGAGAGAGGAUAGUAUGAACAAAAUAAAUAAACAGAAGGAAAAGUAUUUCAGAAAAGAACACCUUAAAUAUAUAUAAAUAACAAAAAACUAAAAAAAGAAAAGCUAAAAAAACAAACUUAAAACAGGCAGACAAAAAACUAAAGAAAACUAAAAAAAGAGAAAGGAUAGUAUAAACAAAAUAAAAAAACAGAAGGAAAAGUAUUUCAGGAAAAAACACCCUAAAUAUAUAUAAAUAACAAAAAAAUUUUUUAAAAAAAACUUAAAACAGGCAGAAAAAAAAACUAAAGAAAACUAAAAAAAGUAAAAGAAUAGUAUUUGUAAAAAAAAAAAAAAAGAAACAUAACAGUAUUUCUGAAAAAAAAAACUUAAAACAGGCAGAAAAAUAAAAAAGAACUAUAGGUAACUAAAGAAAAGAAAAGUAUUUCUGAAAAAAAACCACCCUAAACCGGGUGUUUUGCACAGAAAAAAAAACCCUUGCGGUUUUUCCCUCUCGUGUGAGGGUUUUUUCCCCUCCUUGAGCUACCACCUUACCGUGGUGGAGGGGUUUGUGUGUCCCAAUGAUCCCAGGAGCUAUGUUGUCAGGGCUUUAUGCCUCUGAAAGGUCACCCAAGGCAAACAGGUCCUGGGGGAGGGACCAGACUAAGAGUAGCUCAUCCAGACAGAGGUGCCAGGGAAAAAAAAAAGGAAAAAAAAAACUGAAGAAAAGAAACUAAAGAAAACAAAAUAAAAAUUUAAACAGGCAGAAAAAAACUAAAGAAAACUGAUAAAAAGAAGAAGAUAAGUAUUUCAAAAAAAAACUAUAGAAAAAACUACAAAAGAAAACUACAAAAAAAACUUAGAACAGGCAGAAAAAAACUAAAGAAAACUGAAAAAGAGAAAGGAUAGUAUAAAUAAAAUAAAAAACACAAGGAAAAGUAUUUCACAAAAGAACAACCUAUAUAUAUAGAUAAAUAAAAAAACUAAAAAAACUAAAAAAAGAGAAAAGAUAGUAUAAACAAAAUAAAAAAACAGAAGGAAAAGUAUUUCAGAAAAAAACACCCUAGAUAUAUAGAAAAAACUAAAAACCAAAAAAAGAGAAAGGAUAGUAUAAACAAAAUAAAAAAACAGAAAGAAAAGUAUUUCAGAAAAAAACACCCUAAAUAUAUAGAAAAAACUAAAGUAAAAAAAAACUUAAAACAGGCAGAAAGAAAACUAAAGAAAACUAAAAAAAGAGAGAGGAUAGUAUGAACAAAAUAAAUAAACAGAAGGAAAAGUAUUUCAGAAAAGAACACCUUAAAUAUAUAUAAAUAACAAAAAACUAAAAAAAGAAAAGCUAAAAAAACAAACUUAAAACAGGCAGAAUAAAACUAAAGAAAACUAAAAAAAGAGAAAGGAUAGUAUAAACAAAAUAAAGAAACAGAAGGAAAAAUAUUUCAGAAAAGAACAACCUAUAUAUAUGUAUAUAACAAAAAACUUAAAAAAAACUAAAAAAAUUAAAACAGGCAGAAAGACAACUAAAGAAAACUAAAAAAGAGAAAGGAUAGUAUAAACAAAAUAAAAAAACAGAAGGAAAAGUAUUUCAGAAAAGAACACCUUUAAUAUAUAUAAACAACAAAAAGAAAUAAAAAAAACAAAAAAAAACUAAAAAAAAAAGGUAGAAAAAAAAUAAAGCAAAAAAAGAAGUAAUAGAAUAGUAUUUGUAAAAAAAACUGAAAAAAAAGAAACAUAACAGUAUUUCUGAAAAAAAAACGGGCAGAAAAAUAAAAAAGAACUAUAGGAAACUAAAAAAAGAAAAGUAUUUCUGAAAAGAAAAAACAAAAAACAAAAAUGCACCCUGAACCGGGUGUUUUGCACAGAAAAAAAAAAAACCUUGCACUUUUUCCCUCUCAUGUGAGGGUUUUUUCCCCUCCUUGAGCUCCUUGUGUGUCCCAAUGAUCCCAGGAGCUAUGUUGUCAGGGCUUUAUGCCUCUGAAAGGUCACCCAAGGCAAACAGGUCCUGGGGGAGAGAACAGACAAGAGUAGCUCAUCCAGACAGACAAACUUAAAACAGGCAGAAUAAAACUAAAGAAAACUAAAAAAAGAGAAAGGAUAGUAUAAACAAAAUAAAAAAACAGAAGGAAAAAUAUUUCAGAAAAGAACAACCUAUAUACACUCACCGGCCACUUUAUUAGGUACACCUGUCCAACUGCUCGUUAACACUUAAUUUCUAAUCAGCCAAUCACAUGGGGGCAACUUAGUGCAUUUAGGCAUGUAGACAUGGUCAAGACAAUCUCCUGCAGUUCAAAUCGAGCAUCAGUAUGGGGAAGAAAGGUGAUUUGAGUGACUUUGAAAGUGGCAUGGUUGUUGGUGCCAGAAGGGCUGGUCUGAGUAUUUCAGAAACUGCUGAUCUACUGGGAUUUUCACGCACAACCAUCUCUAGGGUUUACAAAGAAUGGUCCGAAAAAGAAAAAAUAUCCAGUGAGCGGCAGUUCUGUGGGCGGAAAUGCCUUGUUGAUGCCAGAGGUCAGAGGAGAAUGGCCAGACUGGUUCGAGCUGAUAGAAAGGCAACAGUGACUCAAAUAACCACCCGUUACAACCAAGGUAGGCAGAAGAGCAUCUCUGAACGCACAGUACGUCGAACUUUGAGGCAGAUGGGCUACAGCAGCAGAAGACCACACCAGGUGCCACUCCUUUCAGCUAAGAACAGGAAACUGAGGCUACAAUUUGCACAAGCUCAUCGAAAUUGGACAAUAGAAGAUUGGAAAAACGUUGCCUGGUCUGAUGAGUCUCGAUUUCUGCUGCGACAUUCGGAUGGUAGGGUCAGAAUUUGGCGUCAACAACAUGAAAGCAUGGAUCCAUCCUGCCUUGUAUCAACGGUUCAGGCUGGUGGUGGUGGUGUCAUGGUGUGGGGAAUAUUUUCUUGGCACUCUUUGGGCCCCUUGGUACCAAUUGAGCAUCGUUGCAACGCCACAGCCUACCUGAGUAUUGUUGCUGACCAUGUCCAUCCCUUUAUGACCACAAUGUACCCAACUUCUGAUGGCUACUUUCAGCAGGAUAAUGCGCCAUGUCAUAAAGCUGGAAUCAUCUCAGACUGGUUUCUUGAACAUGACAAUGAGUUCACUGUACUCAAAUGGCCUCCACAGUCACCAGAUCUCAAUCCAAUAGAGCAUCUUUGGGAUGUGGUGGAACGGGAGAUUCGCAUCAUGGAUGUGCAGCCGACAAAUCUGCGGCAACUGUGUGAUGCCAUCAUGUCAAUAUGGACCAAGCUCUCUGAGGAAUGCUUCCAGCACCUUGUUGAAUCUAUGCCACGAAGAAUUGAGGCAGUUCUGAAGGCAAAAGGGGGUCCAACCCGUUACUAGCAUGGUGUACCUAAUAAAGUGGCCGGUGAGUGUAUAUGUAUAUAACAAAAAACUAAAAAAAAACUAAAAAAAUUAAAACAGGCAGAAAGACAACUAAAGAAAACUAAAAAACUUUAAACAGGCAGAAAAGAACUAAAGAAAACAAAAAAAAACAAGAAAAAGAAUAGUUUUUUUAAUUGAAACAGGCAGAAAAAACUAAAGUAAACUAAAAAAGGAUAAAGGAUAGUAUAAAAAAAUUUUAAAAAAAAGAAAGAAAAGUAUUUCUGAAAAAAACAUCCUAAAUAUAUAUAACAAAAAGAACUAAAAAAAUGUUAAAAGAAAUUAAAACAGGCAGACAAAAAACUAAAGAAAACUAAAAAAAGAGAAAAGAUAGUAUAAACAAAAUAAAAAAACAGAAGGAAAAGUAUUUCAGGAAAAAACACCCUCAAUAUAUAUAAAUAACAAAAAAAAUUUAAAAAAAAAAAUUAAAACAGGCAGAAAAAAAACUAAAGAAAACUAAAAAAAAGUAAAAGAAUAGUAUUUGUAAAAAAAAAAGAAACAUAACAGUAUUUCUGAAAAAAAAAACUUAAAACAGGCAGAAAAAUAAAAAAGAACUAUAGGUAACUAAAGAAAAGAAAAGUAUUUCUGAAAAAAAAAAAACACCCUAAACCGGGUGUUUUGCACAGAAAAAAAAACCCUUGCGGUUUUUCCCUCUCAUGUGAGGGUUUUUUCCCCUCCUUGAGCUAACACCUUACCGUGGUGGAGGGGUUUGUGUGUCCCAAUGAUCCCAGGAGCUAUGUUGUCAGGGCUUUAUGCCUCUGAAAGGUCACCCAAGGCAAACAGGUCCUGGGGGAGGGACCAGACUAAGAGUAGCUCAUCCAGACAGAGGUGCCAGGAAAAAAAAAAAGGAAAAAAAAAACUGAAGAAAAGAAACUAAAGAAAACAAAAUAAAAAUUUAAACAGGCAGAAAAAAACUAAAGAAAACUAAUAAAAAGAAGAAGAUAAGUAUUUCAAAAAAACUAUAGAAAAAACUACAAAAGAAAACUACAAAAAAAACUUAGAACAGGCAGAAAAAAACUAAAGAAAACUGAAAAAGAGAAAGGAUAGUAUAAAUAAAAUAAAAAACACAAGGAAAAGUAUUUAACAAAAGAACAACCUAUAUAUAUAGAUAAAUAAAAAAACUAAAAAAAACUAAAAAAAGAGAAAAAGAUAGUAUAAACAAAAUAAAAAAACAGAGGGAAAAGUAUUUCAGAAAAAAACACCCUAAAUAUAUAGAAAAAACUAAAAACUAAAAAAAGAGAAAGGAUAGUAUAAACAAAAUAAAAAAAACAGAAGGAAAAGUAUUUCAGAAAAAAACACCCUAAAUAUAUAGAAAAAACUAAAGUAAAAAAAAAACUUAAAACAGGCAGAAAGAAAACUAAAGAAAACUAAAAAAAGAGAGAGGAUAGUAUAAACAAAAUAAAAAAACAGAAGGAAGAGUAUUUCAGAAAAGAACACCUUAAAUAUAUAUAAAUAACAAAAAAACUAAAAAAAGAAAAGCUAAAAAAACAAACUUAAAACAGGCAGAAUAAAACUAAAGAAAACUAAAAAAGAGAAAGGAUAGUAUAAACAAAAUAAAGAAACAGAAGGAAAAAUAUUUCAGAAAAGAACAACCUAUAUAUAUAUGUAUAUAACAAAAAACUAAAAAAAAAACUAAAAAAAUUAAAACAGGCAGAAAGACAACUAAAGAAAACUAAAAAAGAGAAAGGAUAGUAUAAACAAAAUAAAAAAACAGAAGGAAAAGUAUUUCAGAAAAGAACACCUUUAAUAUAUAUAAACAACAAAAAGAAAUAAAAAAAAAACAAAAAAAAACAAAAAAAAGGCAGAAAAAAAAUAAAGCAAAAAAAGAAGUAAUAGAAUAGUAUUUGUAAAAAAAAACUGAAAAAAAAAUAAAAAUAUCAGUAUUUCUGAAAAAAAAUGGGCAGAAAAAUAAAAAAGAACUAUAGGAAACUAAAAAAAGAAAAGUAUGUCUGAAAAGAAAAAACAAAAAACAAAAAUGCACCCUGAACCGGGUGUUUUGCACAGAAAAAAAAAAAACCUUGCACUUUUUCCCUCUCAUGUGAGGGUUUUUUCCCCUCCUUGAGCUCCUUGUAUGUCCCAAUGAUCCCAGGAGCUAUGUUGUCAGGGCUUUAUGCCUCUGAAAGGUCACCCAAGGCAAACAGGUCCUGGGGGAGAGAACAGACAAGAGUAGCUCAUCCAGACAGACAAACUUAAAACAGGCAGAAUAAAACUAAAGAAAACUAAAAAAAGAGAAAGGAUAGUAUAAACAAAAUAAAAAAACAGAAGGAAAAAUAUUUCAGAAAAGAACAACCUAUAUAUAUGUAUAUAACAAAAAACUAAAAAAAAACUAAAAAAAUUAAAACAGGCAGAAAGACAACUAAAGAAAACUAAAAAACUUUAAACAGGCAGAAAAGAACUAAAGAAAACUAAAAAAACAAGAAAAAGAAUAGUUUUUUUAAUUAAAACAGGCAGAAAAAACUAAAGUAAACUAAAAAAGGAUAAAGGAUAGUAUAAAAAAAAAUUAAAAAAAGAAAGAAAAGUAUUUCUGAAAAAAACAUCCUAAAUAUAUAUAACAAAAAGAACUAAAAAAAUGUUAAAAGAAAUUAAAACAGGCAGACAAAAAACUAAAGAAAACUAAAAAAAGAGAAAAGAUAGUAUAAACAAAAUAAAAAAACAGAAGAAAAAGUAUUUCAGGAAAAAACACCCUAAAUAUAUAUAAAUAACAAAAAAUUUAAAAAAAAAAAAACUUAAAACAGGCAGAAAAAAACUAAAGAAAACUAAAAAAAAGUAAAAGAAUAGUAUUUGUAAAAAAAAAAAGAAACAUAACAGUAUUUCUGAAAAAAAAAACUUAAAACAGGCAGAAAAAUAAAAAAGAACUAUAGGUAACUAAAGAAAAGAAAAGUAUUUUUGAAAAUAAAAAAAAAAACACCCUAAACCGGGUGUUUUGCACAGAAAAAAAAACCCUUGCGGUUUUUCCCUCUCAUGUGAGGGUUUUUUCCCCUCCUUGAGCUACCACCUUACCGUGGUGGAGGGGUUUGUGUGUCCCAAUGAUCCCAGGAGCUAUGUUGUCAGGGCUUUAUGCCUCUGAAAGGUCACCCAAGGCAAACAGGUCCUGGGGGAGGGACCAGACUAAGAGUAGCUCAUCCAGACAGAGGUGCCAGGAAAAAAAAAAGGAAAAAAAAAACUGAAGAAAAGAAACUAAAGAAAACAAAAUAAAAAUUUAAACAGGCAGAAAAAAACUAAAGAAAACUAAUAAAAAAGAAGAUAAGUAUUUCAAAAAAACUAUAGAAAAAACUACAAAAGAAAACUACAAAAAAAACUUAGAACAGGCAGAAAAAAACUAAAGAAAACUGAAAAAGAGAAAGGAUAGUAUAAAUAAAAUAAAAAACACAAGGAAAAGUAUUUAACAAAAGAACAACCUAUAUAUAUAGAUAAAUAAAAAAAACUAAAAAAAACUAAAAAAAGAGAAAAGAUAGUAUAAACAAAAUAAAAAAACAGAGGGAAAAGUAUUUCAGAAAAAAACACCCUAAAUAUAUAGAAAAAACUAAAAACUAAAAAAAGAGAAAGGAUAGUAUAAACAAAAUAAAAAAAACAGAAGGAAAAGUAUUUCAGAAAAAAACACCCUAAAUAUAUAGAAAAAACUAAAGUAAAAAAAAAACUUAAAACAGGCAGAAAGAAAACUAAAGAAAACUAAAAAAAGAGAGAGGAUAGUAUAAACAAAAUAAAAAAACAGAAGGAAGAGUAUUUCAGAAAAGAACACCUUAAAUAUAUAUAAAUAACAAAAAAACUAAAAAAAGAAAAGCUAAAAAAACAAACUUAAAACAGGCAGAAUAAAACUAAAGAAAACUAAAAAAAGAGAAAGGAUAGUAUAAACAAAAUAAAGAAACAGAAGGAAAAAUAUUUCAGAAAAGAACAACCUAUAUAUAUAUAUGUAUAUAACAAAAAACUAAAAAAAAAACUAAAAAAAUUCAAAACAGGCAGAAAGACAACUAAAGAAAACUAAAAAAGAGAAAGGAUAGUAUAAACAAAAUAAAAAAACAGAAGGAAAAGUAUUUCAGAAAAGAACACCUUUAAUAUAUAUAAACAACAAAAAGAAAUAAAAAAAAACAAAAAAAAACUAAAAAAAAAGGCAGAAAAAAAAUAAAGCAAAAAAAGAAGUAAUAGAAUAGUAUUUGUAAAAAAAAAACUGAAAAAAAAAGAAACAUAACAGUAUUUCUGAAAAAAAAACGGGCAGAAAAAUAAAAAAGAACUAUAGGAAACUAAAAAAAGAAAAGUAUUUCUGAAAAGAAAAAACAAAAAACAAAAAUGCACCCUGAACCGGGUGUUUUGCACAGAAAAAAAAAAAACCUUGCACUUUUUCCCUCUCAUGUGAGGGUUUUUUCCCCUCCUUGAGCUCCUUGUAUGUCCCAAUGAUCCCAGGAGCUAUGUUGUCAGGGCUUUAUGCCUCUGAAAGGUCACCCAAGGCAAACAGGUCCUGGGGGAGAGAACAGACAAGAGUAGCUCAUCCAGACAGACAAACUUAAAACAGGCAGAAUAAAACUAAAGAAAACUAAAAAAAGAGAAAGGAUAGUAUAAACAAAAUAAAAAAACAGAAGGAAAAAUAUUUCAGAAAAGAACAACCUAUAUAUAUGUAUAUAACAAAAAACUAAAAAAAAACUAAAAAAAUUAAAACAGGCAGAAAGACAACUAAAGAAAACUAAAAAACUUUAAACAGGCAGAAAAGAACUAAAGAAAACUAAAAAAACAAGAAAAAGAAUAGUUUUUUUAAUUAAAACAGGCAGAAAAAACUAAAGUAAACUAAAAAAGGAUAAAGGAUAGUAUAAAAAAAAUUUAAAAAAAGAAAGAAAAGUAUUUCUGAAAAAAACAUCCUAAAUAUAUAUAACAAAAAGAACUAAAAAAAUGUUAAAAGAAAUUAAAACAGGCAGACAAAAAACUAAAGAAAACUAAAAAAAGAGAAAAGAUAGUAUAAACAAAAUAAAAAAACAGAAGGAAAAGUAUUUCAGGAAAAAACACCCUCAAUAUAUAUAAAUAACAAAAAAAAUUAAAAAAAAAAACUUAAAACAGGCAGAAAAAAAACUAAAGAAAACUAAAAAAAAGUAAAAGAAUAGUAUUUGUAAAAAAAAAAAGAAACAUAACAGUAUUUCUGAAAAAAAAAACUUAAAACAGGCAGAAAAAUAAAAAAGAACUAUAGGUAACUAAAGAAAAGAAAAGUAUUUCUGAAAAAAAAAAAAAAACACCCUAAACCGGGUGUUUUGCACAGAAAAAAAAACCCUUGCGGUUUUUCCCUCUCAUGUGAGGGUUUUUUCCCCUCCUUGAGCUACCACCUUACCGUGGUGGAGGGGUUUGUGUGUCCCAAUGAUCCCAGGAGCUAUGUUGUCAGGGCUUUAUGCCUCUGAAAGGUCACCCAAGGCAAACAGGUCCUGGGGGAGGGACCAGACUAAGAGUAGCUCAUCCAGACAGAGGUGCCAGGAAAAAAAAAAGGAAAAAAAAAACUGAAGAAAAGAAACUAAAGAAAACAAAAUAAAAAUUUAAACAGGCAGAAAAAAACUAAAGAAAACUAAUAAAAAGAAGAUAAGUAUUUCAAAAAAAACUAUAGAAAAAACUACAAAAGAAAACUACAAAAAAAACUUAGAACAGGCAGAAAAAAACUAAAGAAAACUGAAAAAGAGAAAGGAUAGUAUAAAUAAAAUAAAAAACACAAGGAAAAGUAUUUAACAAAAGAACAACCUAUAUAUAUAGAUAAAUAAAAAAAACUAAAAAAAACUAAAAAAAGAGAAAAGAUAGUAUAAACAAAAUAAAAAAACAGAGGGAAAAGUAUUUCAGAAAAAAACACCCUAAAUAUAUAGAAAAAACUAAAAACUAAAAAAAGAGAAAGGAUAGUAUAAACAAAAUAAAAAAACAGAAGGAAAAGUAUUUCAGAAAAAAACACCCUAAAUAUAUAGAAAAAACUAAAAACUAAAAAAAGAGAAAGGAUAGUAUAAACAAAAUAAAAAAAGAAGGAAAAGUAUUUCAGAAAAAAACACCCUAAAUAUAUAGAAAAAACUAAAGUAAAAAAAAAAACUUAAAACAGGCAGAAAGAAAACUAAAGAAAACUAAAAAAAGAGAGAGGAUAGUAUAAACAAAAUAAAAAAACAGAAGGAAGAGUAUUUCAGAAAAGAACACCUUAAAUAUAUAUAAAUAACAAAAAAACUAAAAAAAGAAAAGCUAAAAAAACAAACUUAAAACAGGCAGAAUAAAACUAAAGAAAACUAAAAAAAGAGAAAGGAUAGUAUAAACAAAAUAAAGAAACAGAAGGAAAAAUAUUUCAGAAAAGAACAACCUAUAUAUAUGUAUAUAACAAAAAACUAAAAAAACAAGAAAAAGAAUAGUUUUUUUAAUUAAAACAGGCAGAAAAAACUAAAGUAAACUAAAAAAGGAUAAAGGAUAGUAUAAAAAAAAUUUAAAAAAAGAAAGAAAAGUAUUUCUGAAAAAAACAUCCUAAAUAUAUAUAACAAAAAGAACUAAAAAAAUGUUAAAAGAAAUUAAAACAGGCAGACAAAAAACUAAAGAAAACUAAAAAAAGAGAAAAGAUAGUAUAAACAAAAUAAAAAAACAGAAGGAAAAGUAUUUCAGGAAAAAACACCCUCAAUAUAUAUAAAUAACAAAAAAAUUUUAAAAAAAAACUUAAAACAGGCAGAAAAAAAACUAAAGAAAACUAAAAAAAAGUAAAAGAAUAGUAUUUGUAAAAAAAAAAGAAACAUAACAGUAUUUCUGAAAAAAAAAACUUAAAACAGGCAGAAAAAUAAAAAAGAACUAUAGGUAACUAAAGAAAAGAAAAGUAUUUCUGAAAAAAAAAAAACACCCUAAACCGGGUGUUUUGCACAGAAAAAAAAACCCUUGCGGUUUUUCCCUCUCAUGUGAGGGUUUUUUCCCCUCCUUGAGCUACCACCUUACCGUGGUGGAGGGGUUUGUGUGUCCCAAUGAUCCCAGGAGCUAUGUUGUCAGGGCUUUAUGCCUCUGAAAGGUCACCCAAGGCAAACAGGUCCUGGGGGAGGGACCAGACUAAGAGUAGCUCAUCCAGACAGAGGUGCCAGGAAAAAAAAAAAAGGAAAAAAAAAACUGAAGAAAAGAAACUAAAGAAAACAAAAUAAAAAUUUAAACAGGCAGAAAAAAACUAAAGAAAACUAAUAAAAAGAAGAAGAUAAGUAUUUCAAAAAAACUAUAGAAAAAACUACAAAAGAAAACUACAAAAAAAACUUAGAACAGGCAGAAAAAAACUAAAGAAAACUGAAAAAGAGAAAGGAUAGUAUAAAUAAAAUAAAAAAACACAAGGAAAAGUAUUUCACAAAAGAACAACCUAUAUAUAUAGAUAAAUAAAAAAACUAAAAAAAAACUAAAAAAAGAGAAAAGAUAGUAUAAACAAAAUAAAAAAACAGAAGGAAAAGUAUUUCAGAAAAAAACACCCUAAAUAUAUAGAAAAAACUAAAAACUAAAAAAAGAGAAAGGAUAGUAUAAACAAAAUAAAAAAAACAGAAGGAAAAGUAUUUCAGAAAAAAACACCCUAAAUAUAUAGAAAAAACUAAAGUAAAAAAAAACUUAAAACAGGCAGAAAGAAAACUAAAGAAAACUAAAAAAAGAGAGAGGAUAGUAUAAACAAAAUAAAAAAACAGAAGGAAGAGUAUUUCAGAAAAGAACACCUUAAAUAUAUAUAAAUAACAAAAAAACUAAAAAAAGAAAAGCUAAAAAAACAAACUUAAAACAGGCAGAAUAAAACUAAAGAAAACUAAAAAAAGAGAAAGGAUAGUAUAAACAAAAUAAAAAAACAGAAGGAAAAAUAUUUCAGAAAAGAACAACCUAUAUAUAUGUAUAUAACAAAAACUAAAAAAAAACUAAAAAAAUUAAAACAGGCAGAAAGACAACUAAAGAAAACUAAAAAAGAGAAAGGAUAGUAUAAACAAAAUAAAAAAACAGAAGGAAAAGUAUUUCAGAAAAGAACACCUUUAAUAUAUAUAAACAACAAAAAGAAAUAAAAAAAACAAAAAAAACCUAAAAAAAAAGGCAGAAAAAAAAUAAAGCAAAAAAAGAAGUAAUAGAAUAGUAUUUGUAAAAAAAAAAACUGAAAAAAAAAGAAACAUAACAGUAUUUCUGAAAAAAAAACGGGCAGAAAAAUAAAAAAGAACUAUAGGAAACUAAAAAAAGAAAAGUAUUUCUGAAAAGAAAAAACAAAAAACAAAAAUGCACCCUGAACCGGGUGUUUUGCACAGAAAAAAAAAAACCUUGCACUUUUUCCCUCUCAUGUGAGGGUUUUUUCCCCUCCUUGAGCUCCUUGUGUGUCCCAAUGAUCCCAUGAGCUAUGUUGUCAGGGCUUUAUGCCUCUGAAAGGUCACCCAAGGCAAACAGGUCCUGGGGGAGAGAACAGACAAGAGUAGCUCAUCCAGACAGACAAACUUAAAACAGGCAGAAUAAAACUAAAGAAAACUAAAAAAAGAGAAAGGAUAGUAUAAACAAAAUAAAAAAACAGAAGGAAAAAUAUUUCAGAAAAGAACAACCUAUAUAUAUGUAUAUAACAAAAAACUAAAAAAAAACUAAAAAAAUUAAAACAGGCAGAAAGACAACUAAAGAAAACUAAAAAACUUUAAACAGGCAGAAAAGAACUAAAGAAAACUAAAAAAACAAGAAAAAGAAUAGUUUUUUUAAUUAAAACAGGCAGAAAAAACUAAAGUAAACUAAAAAAGGAUAAAGGAUAGUAUAAAAAAAUUUAAAAAAAGAAAGAAAAGUAUUUCUGAAAAAAACAUCCUAAAUAUAUAUAACAAAAAGAACUAAAAAAAUGUUAAAAGAAAUUAAAACAGGCAGACAAAAAACUAAAGAAAACUAAAAAAAGAGAAAAGAUAGUAUAAACAAAAUAAAAAAACAGAAGGAAAAGUAUUUCAGGAAAAAACACCCUAAAUAUAUAUAAAUAACAAAGAAAAUUUUUAAAAAAAACUUAAAACAGGCAGAAAAAAAACUAAAGAAAACUAAAAAAAAGUAAAAGAAUAGUAUUUGUAAAAAAAAAAAGAAACAUAACAGUAUUUCUGAAAAAAAAAACUUAAAACAGGCAGAAAAAUAAAAAAGAACUAUAGGUAACUAAAGAAAAGAAAAGUAUUUCUGAAAAAAAAAAAAAACACCCUAAACCGGGUGUUUUGCACAGAAAAAAAAAACCCUUGCGGUUUUUCCCUCUCAUGUGAGGGUUUUUUCCCCUCCUUGAGCUACCACCUUACCGUGGUGGAGGGGUUUGUGUGUCCCAAUGAUCCCAGGAGCUAUGUUGUCAGGGCUUUAUGCCUCUGAAAGGUCACCCAAGGCAAACAGGUCCUAGGGAAGGGACCAGACUAAGAGUAGCCCAUCCAGACAGAGGUGCCAGGAAAAAAAAAAAGGAAAAAAAAAACUGAAGAAAAGAAACUAAAGAAAACAAAAUAAAAAUUUAAACAGGCAGAAAAAAACUAAAGAAAACUAAUAAAAAGAAGAAAAGUAUUUCUAAAAAAAACUAUAGAAAAAACUACAAAAGAAAACUACAAAAAAAACUUACAACAGGCAGAAAAAAACUAAAGAAAACUGAAAAAGAGAAAGGAUAGUAUAAAUAAAAUAAAAAAACACAAGGAAAAGUAUUUCACAAAAGAACAACCUAUAUAUAUAGAUAAAUAAAAAAACUAUAAAAAAAACUAAAAAAAAGAGAAAAGAUAGUAUAAACAAAAUAAAAAAACAGAAGGAAAAGUAUUUCAGAAAAAAACACCCUAAAUAUAUAGAAAAAACUAAAAACUAAAAAAAGAUAAAGGAUAGUAUAAACAAAAUAAAAAAAACAGAAGGAAAAGUAUUUCAGAAAAAAACACCCUAAAUAUAUAGAAAAAACUAAACUAAAAAAAAAACUUAAAACAGGCAGAAAGAAAACUAAAGAAAACUAAAAAAAGAGAGAGGAUAGUAUAAACAAAAUAAAAAAACAGAAGGAAGAGUAUUUCAGAAAAGAACACCUUAAAUAUAUAUAAAUAACAAAAAAAACUAAAAAAAAAAAGCUAAAAAAACAAACUUAAAACAGGCAGAAUAAAACUAAAGAAAACUAAAAAAAAAGAGAAAGGAUAGUAUAAACAAAAUAAAAAAACAGAAGGAAAAAUAUUUCAGAAAAGAACAACCUAUAUAUAUGUAUAUAACAAAAAACUAAAAAAAACUAAAAAAAUUAAAACAGGCAGAAAGACAACUAAAGAAAACUAAAAAAGAGAAAGGAUAGUAUAAACAAAAUAAAAAAACAGAAGGAAAAGUAUUUCAGAAAAGAAAACCUUUAAUAUAUAUAAACAACAAAAAGAAAUAAAAAAAACCAAAAAAAAAAACCUAAAAAAAGGUAAAAGAAUAGUAUUUCUAAAAAAACUUGAAAAAACUAAAAAAAGACUUAAAACAGGCAGUAAAAAACAAAUAAUACUAAAAAGAGAGAAAGAAUCGUAUAAACAAAAUAAACAAAAAACAGAAAGAAAAGAAUUUCUGAAAAAAACACCCUAAAUAUAUAUAACAAAAAGAAGUAAAAAAAAAAAAAAACUUAAAACAGGCAGAAAAAAACUAAAGAAAACUACAAAAAGAAGAAAAAGAAUAGUAUUUCUAAAAAAAACUUGAAAAAAACUAAAAAAAAACUUAAAACAGGCAGACAAAGAACUAAAGAAAACUUAAAAAGAGAAAGGAUAGUAUAAACAAAAUGAAAAAAAAAACAGAAGGAAAAGUAUUUCAGAAAAGUAUUUCUGAAAAGAAAAAACAAAAAACAAUAACCCACCCUGAACCGGGUGUUUUGCACAGAAAAAAAAACCCUUGCGGUUUUUCCCUCUCAUGUGAGGGUUUUUUCCCCUCCUUGAGCUACCACCUUACCGUGGUGGAGGGGUUUGUGUGUCCCAAUGAUCCCAGGAGCUAUGUUGUCAGGGCCUUAUGCCUCUGAAGGGUCACCCAAGGCAAACAGGUCCUGGGGGAGGGACCAGACUAAGAGUAGCUCAUCCAGACAGAGGUGCCAGGCAAAAAAAUAGGGAAAAAAAAAACUAAAGAAAAAAAAAACUAAAGAAAACAUCAUGUCAUGGCAUUGCUCGGGAGGUACGGAGUGACAACGGCGGACAUUCAGUGCAGACCUCUUCCGACAGUUCGCCUCAGAGUGGGGUUUUGUUCACACUACCUCCAGCCUAAGAUAUCUGCAAUGCAAUGGGGAGGCUGAAAAAGCAGUAAGAACUGUGAAGGACCUCCUGAAAAAAUGCUCUGACCCAUACAUGGCCCUCAUGACAUAUCAGGCCACUCCGCUUGCCGCUUGCUGAUGGGGAGAAAGCUACGUACCACAGUUCCAGUUCUCCCAUCUUGUCUGAACCCAAAAUGGCCAAAUGUCAAAGCCCUGAGAAAGAAAGAACAGAGGGAGAGAGAGAAACAGCAGAAAUGGUUCAAUGACAGACACAGGGCCCGCAACAUGGCCAGCCUGAACCCUGGUGACUGCGUCUGGGUCACCGAUAUGAAGGAGAAGGGGACAGUGACAACUGGAGCUGACACAACACGCUCCUACAUCAUUGACACGCUCCAGAGGGAAUCUGCGGCGCAACUGAAGUCAUCUCGUCACCUUGCCUGGGGCCGGCGCUGGACCUAAAGCCCCACAGACCCCUGCUUCGCCAGCGGACAUCGCACCGGUCCACGAUCCAAGAGACCAGGUUACGGUGAGGCCCAACACUACACCGCCGAGGGUCCAAGUGAUGGAGAGGCGUUAUCCUACCAGAGAGAGAAACCCUCCGAGGUACCUUAUGGACUUUGAAUCAGAUAGAAGGUACUCUCGUAACUCUGAGUGACCAGCCCGGUGCAGAAUAAUCCCCUCACUCAGAUGAAGGAAUGGGUAGUCCACCCCACCUUCAUAGUUAGGGAAAGAAAGGAAAGAUAAGUGAGUUUGAUACAAUGGUGUUGUUAAACAGUUUGGAAUAUUUUGAUUUAUUUUGAAGUUACUUGGAGUGACUAACAAAAGAAUGGGCUAAGGAUAAUCUGCAACACAACUGGUGAACUUCUGAGGUGUUCUAUUAUGUUAUGGCCUAUUGUAUGCAGCCUACUCAAAAGGGAGGAUGUGUUGUGAGAGCUGUUGUGAUGUUGCCCUGUGUUUCCCUAAGCUACCACUAGGUGGGGAACUGUUAUUACAAGUGAUCGGAUGUCCUCUGUUGUUGUUGUUGUUGAAUAAACAUGCGAGCAAGUUGCAGAGUUUAUCGGCUCCGUCUGACGACACGUUAUAUAGCAUACGAGUUAUUGCUACCAUGACAGACAUUGCAGGUGUCGGUUGAAUACAGGUGGGGGCAGGGCCGGAUUAUGGGGGUCUGAGGGGUCCCGAGAGGGGUCCAAACUUGUAUCCCAAAAGUGUGCCAUGAAAGCUAUCUCCAGGGUGUCCAGCUUGCCACAGAGUGCAGAGGCCUCGCUUCUAGUUUCACGAUAUCAACCAUUAAAGGCUGAAUUUAGGCGGUACAUUGGUGUCUCGGAUUAGUGUCGUUCUUCGCUGUAGUAGCACCAGUGAGCCUGUAGGGGGAGCAGCAGCUUAAACCAAAUAAAAAAGAGUCACUAAAAUGAGCAGAAGAAGAGAUCACACUGGUUGGUUAUUAGCAUUAUUGUUUUUUCCUCAAUGAAGCAGUUGAUAGGUGAAAUUUUUCAGACGGAGGGGCUUUCUUUUUCUGUUUUUCUUUUUUAUGAUGGGCUGAAGUCUGAGCAGCUGCAGGGCUUUAAACAGGGAGGAGAAGCAGGACUCAGUCUGACCCCUUCCUCCAGGUUUCUGCAGGCUGAACUGGAGCUGAAUGUCCUUAGUACUUGAGCCAAGAACCAAAAUUUCACAUAUCGGUACCACCUGGGUGGGCAAAUUCUAGUUGUGAUUUUUUUAUUGUUAUACAUAACUAGUAGCUUUAUUGUAUUUAUCACUCAUUAAAGUAAUAGAGUGCAGCUGUUCAAAAAUGAAAAAUCACCCUCCUUCAAAACGAGCUUUCUUUCAUUUUAACCUCUCAUUUAGGUGUGUUUGAACUAUUGGCUAGCCAUAGAGACUUGUAAUAACCCCCUAAGUAGUAUUUUAAGUAAUUUACCUAAUACAGGUGUGUGUAUAUAUAAGCUUCAAUUAGCCAAUUGUCAGGUCUAAAUCAAGGUCUAAAUUAAGGAUAUUUUUUUACUUAGAAGUAGAAGUAAAAUCAAUGCAGACUAAUAGCAUUAUAAUAACACAACUUUAAUAUGACACUGACAUAUUUUCAAUGCAGGAACUUAAUAUACAAUCAUCCUGGCUGGUGCAGGGCAAGAAGACAUUAGCAACAAAAUAAGAUCUACUGAUGUAUACACUCUAUACAAUCAUCUGAGAAAAACUCAAAUUCCUAUUCAAAGUCCUUUUCUUUCCAUAAGGAACAGUGACAGCAAAUAUGACUGUCAAGCUUUGGCUUAGUACAUAAUACUGUCACUGAGUCACAGUGGGUCUGUUAACAUAGCUCCCUUUGGUCAUCAUUUAUUAAUCAACAUCAGUAAUCGACAUCAGUAUCUGUAUCUUCUUCUACAUCUGAAUCUGCCGGUGUGCAAGGGGCUCUUCCUCACUGUAUUGGUUGGCACAAGUUUGUAAUUUGCACAGGUUUGUGCACUUCAGCCCAUUGCUGAGACAGGUGCAGUCUGGUGGUUUGCAUGUCCUCACACACUUGCAGGAUAGCAACUGCAAGACCGCAUCUGGUGCUGGGGAACCACGCAUCCACUGUAUUUCCAGCUGCCCUUCGUCAUUGAUGGUCCACCCAUGGUCCUUGGGGCUUGGUACAGAUGGCUUGGUAUGAAGAGACCGCUCCAGAUAGCAGCCUGGUAGUUGGCACGAAUCGGUUGCAUUAAUACGCAAUCCUGACAUGGUGGAAGCUGGCUGGACUGAACUUUAGCCAAGGUCCUGCAUGAAGGUGGUGAUAGUGAAAAGAUUGAUGUUGUCUUUGACGUUUACAAGGACACGUCAAUCAAAAAUUCAGAAAGACUUAACAGAGGUGCAGACAUGGGGAUCCAGUUCAGAAACAUUGUUUCUGGCCACAAUAUUCAGCAGUGAAGGAAACUUCUCUGCAGCCCUGCCAACAAAGCCAGUCUCAUCAAGUUCUUGGUGGAGGAAUGGAGUUUUUCUCAGAUGACUGUAUAGAGUGUAUACAUCAAUAGAUCUUAUUUUGUUGCUAAUGUCUUCUUGCCCUGCACCAGCCAGGAUGAUUGUAUGAGUGCCUGCAUUUAAAAUAUGUCAGUGUCAUAUUAAAGUUGUGUUAUUAUAAUGCUAUUAGUCUGCAUUUACUUUACUUCUACUUCUAAGUAAAAAAAUAUCCUAAUUUAGACCUUGAUUUAGACCUGACAAUUGGCUAAUUGAAGCUUUUAUAUACACACCUGUAUUAGAUAAAUUACUUGAAAUACUACUUAGGGGGCUAUUACAAGUCUCUAUGGCUAGCCAAUAGUUCAAACACACCUAAAUGAGAGGUUAAAAUGAAAGAAAGCUAAUUUUGAAGGAAGGCGAUUUUUCAUUUUUGAACAGCUGCACUCUAUUACUUUAAUGAGUGAUAACUACAAUAAAGCUACCAGUUACCAAGGUCUAUCAUAUAAAAACUUAUUGUAGGGAUGUAUAGCAAUAAAAAAAUCACAACUAGAAUUUGCCCACCCAGGUGGUACCGAUAUGUGAAAUUUUGGUUCUUGGCUCAAGUACUAAUUGCGCAGUAUCGAUACGCGGAUUCGGCCGCGCAGUCGUCAAAAGUCGCUGUGAUGAUGCUCGGCUCAAACAGUGUAUCCCCCCGGAGAGCUACACAAUCCCUGAACACCAAUAGGCUGUAUCAGGUGUCAAUCAUUGAAAACAUGAACCCCCUAAUAACUUUUAAAAACAGAGCUUCACAGAAAAAAGAGGACAUGAGCACAAACCAGUCUUACUGUAACUACAAGUCAACAUCACAAGCAGGAGGGAGAAAAAUUUAUGUUCUGUGUAAUAAAUUUCUAAAGUUGUCCACAGCUCCAUAAGCUUUGCUGGCGGAGGCGGGAUUUAUGACCUGUACUGCAGCCCGUCAACAGAGGGUACUGUUCUUGGAGUGGCAUCACCCAGCAAGGAGGCAGACGGCGUCCAUUCUAUACACAAUCUAUGGUUCAGACCAAAAAAAAGAUCAUUUUAAAUGUGUUUUAUACAUCAAUUGUGGUAUCUAUGAGCUACAACAUGAGAUCAAAAACCCUAGCAUAAAAGUCCACCAUUUUAGCUUAGAGGACUAAUAAAGUCAUAAUAGUGGUUAUUAUUACACUAAAAGACACAGGUAGCCAAUGCAGAGAUUUUAAAAUUAGUGUGAUGUGGGCUCUCGUCCUGGUCUUCGUCAGCAUGCGUGCAGCUGAAUUUUGUAGGAGCUGAAGCUGUGAAAUGUUUUGUCUCUAACCAGAUACACUAGUUAGAGACAAAACUAUGAUUGCCUAGAUGUAGUGAUCGGAAAUAUGAAAAAUGGCUCAUCUUACCCCAGUCUCCCCUACACAUACUUCACACAGCCAUUCAACAACACCCUCAACAUGCAACAUCACAAUAUGUCAAAAGUUCCUGCUCGAUACUGAUCUGUCUUAUUUUUGUUUGAGUGUCCACACUUAAAGUUGUAAAAACCUUUCUAUCCACAGGUUCCCUUUGGUGAAGUCAGGUCAGUUGUUGAUUGGCUGAAGAUCACCGGGGAAGUGGGUCAUCCUCCUAAUGAGCACCCAAAGCGGCAGAUCAGAGGACUCGCUUGCACUCAGAGUGAAGUGAGUGGUGCUCGUUUCUGGGUUUUUUUCAAGAAACUUUGUGGAGAACCAGAAAAGUUCUUCAAACACUGCUUUGUGCACAACUUAUGCCCACUCAUUUUUAUGAAUGCCAGCGGGAAAAACCUAACACCUCCUGAACUGCCUGUGGGUGAGCGGGAGAAGCUCCUGGCCCUGUGUGACAUUACACUGUGCAAGGUAGUGGAGGCGCUGGGUGUUUCCAUGGUGAUUGGAGUUGGAAAGGUGGCUGAGCAGAGAGCCCGGCGAGCCUUGACUGCUGCAGGUGUCAGUGUGCGAGUAGAAAGCAUCAUGCAUCCAUCACCCAGAAACCCAAAGGCCAAUAAAGGCUGGGAAGGAGAAGCCAGAACCAGACUGACAGAACUUGGAGUCAUUUCACUGCUAAGCAUGAGCAACAAUGUGAUGAAAGCUCACAAGGAGAAUGAGUAA